UUCUCUUUCUUUCUCUGCAAGCUGCUCACUUUGCCAGUCCAUCGUAGUGGGAAGGUGCCAUUGCUUAGGGGCAAGAUCAGGAAGAAGCAACUGCUGGCUGAGCGCCGUCAACCACUCAGGUCAACUACAACAACAAGCGCCGUCUCCGGAAACAGUGCUGCGAAGUGUAACCCACGCAGUACUGGCACGCACCCGAAGGACUUGUUAUCUGCAGCGUGUGAGCAUCCAGACAUGUGCGAUACCUCUUCGAGGGAAGCAGCCGCCGUCGCUAUCGUUUGCAUGUUCAUCAAUGCCUUCAACGUGGCCUACGUGUUGAGGCCCGAGAUAAAAGAGCAGCUCAGGAAGCAGUCCUGGUUUGCCUAUGUUCCGGACGUACACGACUUGAGCAGCCUUGUGGGCUCUGAAGCGUCGAACUACACCAUGCUGGGCCUGGCCGUAAUAAGCAUCAUAUUUGACGCAUUCAUAUUUUUUGGCUCAAUGCAAGGCAUCCCCGAACUACUAGAUUCUGGAUGCGUAUGGCACUACUGCGACCUCGGAGCUGAUUUCAUUGUCGGCAUGGCCUCGGCCAAUUACACGAGACCCCGAGUCGUCCGCAAAAGAACGGAGUACGUCCCGAGACCCGUGCACGUAUCCGAGGACGUAAGCCUGACAUCACGCGCCCCAACUCUCGCUAAUGCCAACACCACCGAUAACCAGACAAGCCCUGACCACGGAAACUACAGCAGCCGCCAGGUCUUCACCUCGACAAACAAGCAGGAUGAGCGGAGGCUACUCCGAAAAGACACCGCUUACAACGAAUCAGCAUGGCCACUAUCUGAAGCAGACGACGAGGGCAAAACGAAGGAGGAAAUCUUGGCCAGCGUUUUCCUGAAGCCACCGACGGUGCGGCAGUUUCUUCACUUCGGUUACGUCAUAAUGCGGGCCGUUGUUAAGUGUCAGAAGUUGGGAAUAAUUGUCUUCAUAAGCCGGAGGAUGAAGCAUCAAUCCGUGCCAGAUACUCCGAAUAAGCACACUGGUUGAAUAUGCUUGUGCUUGAACUGUUUUUACUUACAUGAAUGACCCUGUGUCUUCACUGCUAAUACAUUGCUAUACUAAUCUACCUGACGGCCUGUCUCCCUUCACUGUGGCAGUGUUGUGCUCGAUAUUUGCGUAAAUUCGUUGCUUCCACGUGAUUCGAGCGCCUGGAUGCCAACUACGGAAUUCUAUUCUAGCUCUCGCUUUGUCUGAACCUUUAAACACCCAUGACGCCAGCUGCGUCAGAGCUCUUUCUGCAGGUCGAGGCAUGAGAAGUACCUACUGCGUCAACAUCACCACACACGAUCAUUUUACUGCGAGCAGAUGUUUACGCGACAGCCCACCUUCUCACAACAUGGGAACGUGAAUACCUGCGUGAUAUCUACGUCACCACGAACGCUGUUGUAACGCGUAUGUUUAUACCUUAAAGUGCCGGUGAGGAACCGUCGCUGUUGACGAGCAGUGUACGCUUACGUAUACAAACUCAUGCGUUAAAAACAAUAAACCUUGAGACACUGCAGCGUGUGCUUCUGGGCUUUGUACAUUAGACACGUCGUUCUAGUCAACGCACAUGAUUGGCGAUAGGCA